AUGAACUACACCUUUUCUAUUUUAAGGAUGCCAAUCAGGCCUUCAGUGAGAUCUACUCUGUCCUCCAUGCAUUUUUCAAGGGUGAGAACUCCUAUCGCGUUUCCUUCGAAGCAAAUUCCUAGUUUGUAUACCCUUAAGUCAAAUUCGGUCUCCUAUUACUCGACUUUUAAUGCUAAAUCUAACAGUGGCGAUUUCUCUGAUCAGCGUAAAAAGAAACUGGGCCUGUGGCCAAGAAUAAAGGCUUUUGCUUCCUUCACGGUAUCGGGUGCACUAGUCAUCGGAGCUUCAGGUCUGGCAGGGCUGGUCAUCUACUUAAUCGUCUCUGAGCUCUUUUCUCCCUCUGGUGACACAGUGAUGUUUAACCGUGCGGUGUCCACCGUGGAAGCCGACCCUAAUGCACGCAAGCUACUAAAAUGCGAGGAUACCGAAAAUUCAAAGGAAAGGCUGAAAGCUUAUGGUGAAUUGCUCACAGACGACAAAUGGACUAGAAAUAGACCGAUUUCGUCUACGAGAAGAAGGGGUAAGGAUGGUAAAGAACAUCAUUAUAUGAGAUUCCAUGUCGAGUCCAAACAAAAAUUGGGCCUCAUCCACAUCGAAGCUCGAGAGUCGGACAAAAACUAUACUCCUGACAUAAUUUCUAUGUAUAUGGAUGUCCCAGGUGAAAAAAGAUACUAUUUCGUCAAGCCACAGUUGUCCUUGAAACAACCUCAAAAGGGCUUUUUGGGCGUGAAAUGGGGCCCCAAAAAGGAGUGA